AUGUCUUUGAAGUAUUUAUCUCAAAAAAUUGCUCAAACAAUUGAUCAAGAAUUAAUGUCACCAGCUGGUGGUGGCUUUUCAAUUGAUCAGUUGAUGGAACUUGCAGGAUUAAGUAUUGCUCAAGCGGUUGCUCAUGUUUAUGAUAAAUCAAACCAUUCACGUAUUUUGGUUUGUUGUGGUCCAGGAAAUAAUGGCGGAGAUGGUUUAGUUGCAGCAAGGCAUCUUUCACAUUUUGGUUAUCAACCCAAGAUUUAUUAUCCAAAACAAACUAAUAAAGAAUUAUAUCAGAGAUUAGUUCAACAAUGUAAAAAUCUUCAAAUUGCAAUUUCAAAUAAUUUACACGAUCAUUUAGAAAAGAGUGAUCUUGUGAUAGACGCUAUAUUUGGUUUUAGUUUUCAGGGCGAAGUGAGAGAUCCUUUUAAAAAUGAUAUUCAGCUUCCAAUUGUUUCGAUUGAUAUUCCAUCAGCUUGGGAUGUUGAGAAAGGUAAUGUUGAUAAUGUUGGUUUUACUCCAUCAAUGUUGAUUUCUCUUACCGCACCAAAGCUUGGUGUAAAACAAUUUAAUGGUAGACAUUUUCUUGGUGGAAGAUUUAUUACACC